AGCCGCGCCGCGAGAGCGAUAAAGAUAGACCAGUCUGGCUCACUUAUCUCCUUCGAGGGCCUCCUAGGCGGGCGGGUGGGGCCCCGUGGAUAUGGCACCCGAGAAGCGUGUAUUUUUCAUCUCUUUUCCCCGUCGAGUCAACAAACACUGUUGCUCUCUGCUGCCUCAGCUGGGUGCCUCCUCGUAAGGAGGACGGCCGGCAAGCUGCCUACACUCACAAAACAAGAGGUCAUUCUCCACAGACGGUUUAGCUAUGGCAGACCUACCUCCAUUGAAUCACCAGGAUGCCAUUCUACAAUACAUCAGUUCAAAUUUUGUUUCGGUGAAGGAAUCUGAUAAGACAUUUUACAAAGGACACCUUGAAUUUGUGGUUACAAAUUUGAUUAAAAAUAUGAAGGAUGUGGACAUCUUUUUCUGUACAAUGUUCCAAAGGGACGAAGUGGCUGGAAGCUUCUGGGAUGGAUUAAAAAUUGGAAAACCUGUAGAAUUUGAUAAAAACUUUGUGCUGCGUUUGCCACGCUGCUUCAUGAACAGUAUUCAGUUUCUUCCUGCAUUACCGUCGUUUGUCCUUGUCAAUGUUAAGAGAGGCUUUGCAGACCUACAAAGAAGUGACAAGUGGGAGCAAUACAAAGGUCAUCCUCACUACUCUAGCUCGGGUCGGGCCCCACCGGCCGGUGCCAGGCCCCGCCGACCGUUGCCCGGCCCCUCCGGCCGGAGACCAAACCUCCCAAGGAAAAUAGAGAGUUGGCUUGACAGAGAUGGAAACAUCAUUUCAGACAAAGUACGAUUUUGGAUGGAAAGUGUCAUAGUGAGAGCUGUGGAUAGUUUUCCAUCAUACAGCAAUGCAGGCUGGUCAUACAAGUUGUCAACGAGGAAGGCUGGUCCAGCAAUGACUGUUGAAGUGGAGAUAAAUCCUGGUAGCAGACAAUUUAAUAUUGACAUUGUGCCUGCCUUUGAAUUCCAACCUGCAGCAUGGCCCAAGCACAUCAGACCCUACCCAAAAAACAUUCCUGAUGCAGUAUGGCAUGUGGUUCCAAAACCAAUUAAACCAAAUGAAAGUGAAUCAGGUGCAAAUAGGUCAAACUACGGCCCAGACAUACAGUGGAGAUUGUCUUUCCACAAUCAGGAGUCAUAUCGUAUUCACGAUAAAUUCCACUUGAAAGCAGUCUUAAAACUAAUCAAGAAAAUGAGGGACGUCAAACUGGACCAGGACAUGCUAUGCUCUUAUGCCAUAAAGACAGUUUUUCUCUGGGAAAUGGAUGAUCAUGAUGACAGCUUUUGGCAAAGAGGCUUGAGUGUAACAUUUUUGCAUAUGCUCAAUGUACUGGUAAAAUUUCUAAGAAGUGGAAAUUUGCCUUUUUACUGGCAAAAGGAGCACAAUCUCCUGGGGAAAUUGAAAGAAGUUCAGAGAGAUCAACUCUUCCGCACUGUUCAACGGAUUCAGAACCAAAUUCAUCACGGCCUUCGAAAUGAAGACUGGCUUGUCAUUGCUAGAGAGAUAUUGACUGACGAAGAAUUUCACCAGUUGGAAGGUUCUUUUGACAUCUAAGAGUGGAAGAAGUGGCUCAUUUCAAGAGUGGUGUUAUGUAAGCUUACUAUUAUUGAAAGAUGUCAGAUAAAUAGUGAGAUGCAUAGUAUUAUUUUUUUAUUUUUGUGUUUGGUGUUCUCUAAACCAUUGUGCUAAGCUUACUAUUAUUGAAGAUGUUAGAUAAAUAGUGAGAUGCAUAGUAUUUUUUUAUUUUUAUUUUUUUGUGUUCUUUAAACAGUUUUAAGUGAAUGACAAACUUAAAUUUUGAAUUCUUGUUCUGAAAUUAAUUCUUAAUAUACAGUUUUGAAUUAAUAAAAUAACAGUAAAUAGUU